AUGCUCCAAAGCAAAGCUUUUUUAUGGCAGGACGAGAAUCCCAAGGCAUUCAAUGAAGCCUCAUGGAAUAACAAGCUCGAUUCGACUCUCAAUAAGUUAUCUGAGAUUUACAAAGAAGUUGUGGAGCCAGUCGAAAAUCAAUACAUGUAUAAGAGCUUUAAACGUGCAUCUUUUGAAGAAUCGAUAAAGCAGAAGUUACCCUUCGUAACCUUUCUGGGCCCUUUUUCAAGCGGAAAGUCCACAGUCAUCAACUACUUGAUUCAGCACGACGUGCUCGUGACAGGGCCGCAGCCGGUGACGGAUAAGUUUACCAUCAUUUCGUACGGUGAAAAGAUGGACCAAAUCCCUGGAAAAGUUCUCAUAGAUAAUCCAAACAGUCCCUUUCAUGGUCUCUCGCAGUUUGGCGAGUCGUUUUCGGACCACUUUACAAGCGUUCUCGCGCCUCAUCCCCUUUUGCGCUCCUUUACAUUAAUCGACACGCCUGGUGUGCUGGAGGCCUCCGUGCAGAACCACUCGCGGCAGUACAGUUAUGCCGAUGUGGCGCGUUGGUUUGUUGAGAAGAGUGAUUUGGUCAUUCUGCUCUUCGAUCCGACCAAGCUUGAGACCGGUAUGGAGUUACAGUCAAUCUUCAAUACAUCUUUGAAAGGGUUCCACGGCAAGGUAAGAAUCAUUCUGAAUAAGGCAGAUUCCGUCCAGCCACGGGAGCUAAUUCGGGUUUACGGGGCCUUGUUUUGGAACCUUUCCAAUCUGAUUCAUUCGACGGAGCCACCACGCGUGUAUUUGUGCAGCUUGUGGAAUCAACCAUACGCCCCAGACACCGAUCAUGAACUUUUUGAAUCCGAAAAAGUUGAUUUCCUUUACGAGCUAUUCGAAAAAGUCCCCAUGCAGACGCUAAACACUCGCGUCACGUCCACUAUUAGGCGUGCACGCAGCGUUUUGGUCUUUUCCAUGAUAUGUGCAUCCUAUCGAUCGCGCAUCCCAUUACUUAUUGGGAAAAGCAAAGCUAAGAAAUCCUUUUUUAAUAACUAUUCUGACUUGGUAAAAAACAUGGCGUUGGAUCUUUCCUUAGCUGUUUCCGACUUCCCUACUCGCGAGGAGAUAAGUGAAUUUCUGGAGAGGGUCGAUUCGAGCAGCUUUCCCAAUUUUGAAAAACUUGAAAAGAGCAAGUCAAUUUCUCGACUGAAGAAGGUCAUCAAUACCGAUCUUCCGAAUUUAUUCCAAACUAUAAAGCAACACUCGAUGUGCGAUCCGCGAGAUCGCAGGAAAAACCUCGUAAACUUACUGGCUUACAAUACCGGGGCAGCGACUAAGGAGGAAACACCUGUCAAAGCCAUUCCUAUCGGUGGUGGCCGCAGAAAUCCUCUUGUAGUCAUCAUGGAAGAGGAAGAUUCUAGGCCCCAAACCAUAGAACCAGUAUAA